GCAACAACGACGAUAGCGACGACGGCAACAGCGACGGUAAUAGCGAUGAAAGACAACGUCAGAAAAAAUUUGCGGCAUCAACUUCUCAAGAAUUCCAAGAAAUAUUAUACAUAAAUACAAUAGAGAAGCCUACUAAAUUUAAAGGCCCUGUCUACAACACUUUACAAACGAGAAGUUGGAGGUAUUAUCACAAGAUAGUAACUCAGUUGACUAGAACUGUUGAACUCGAAGGUGAUACAACGAACAAAAUAAUGGACGGUACUGCUAAGAAGUGA